CAUCCCCCUGCUCUCUGCUUUAGUUUCAGUUCGACGUCCGUCCGUUUGUCUGUGUGCGCGUGGACUCGCCGUUUCCCGUUAAAUACCGAAAACUCCAGAUGGGAAAGCCGACCAUCCGGUGACCGGAGCUUUUACUGGGAUCAUACCGCAGUGUUUUGGAGACUUUCUGUGAGAGGAAAGGGGGGAAGAAUCGAGUUUUUGGCGUUGACGUGUUAGCCACAGCACGACAGGUGAACCGCGGCUUUCGGAUUUCAGACGUUAGCCUUGCCGAGAAACAGACAUUUAUCGCUCUGGAAACCGGGAGUUCAGCUUUGCUUGGACGCCAGGCUGCUUAAACCGCCUACAUUGUAGAGGUCUCUCCUCGGGGGUCCGCUGCCUGAAAAGCGCCAUGGCCUCCGCUGACUCGGAGCAGUGCAGCGUCCUGCAGGACGAGCUCACCUGCCCGGUGUGCCUCGAAGUAUACCGGGACCCCCGCCUGCUCCCUUGCGGACACAACUUCUGCAAGAUCUGCCUCGACCGGCUGAGGCGGCAGGCGGAGCGAGGCCGCGUCCGCUGUCCGGAGUGCCGGGAAAACCACCAGUGCGGCACCAACUUCCAGAAAAACUUCAAGCUAGCCAACAUCGCCGACGACUACCUCCGCAGGCGGAGGGCCAUGGCAGCGGCCGCCUCCGCUUUAAAGUCCCAGGAACCGCUUUCGUUCUCCGCAGCACAGCUAGCCAAGACCAUCUUCGCCGUUCAGUGCGACUACUGCCCCGCAGCAGCCGCCGGCGCCUCAGGAUUCAGCUCCUUUGGGGACAAGUCCUCUACUAGUGCUGGUCUUUCUCAGGAAGGCAAAGACAAGCAGGACUCCGCUUCGUCAACGCUGGCGGUCAAGACGUGCCUGAAGUGCGAGGUGUCCAUGUGCCAGGAGCACCUGAAGCCGCACCUGGAGCUGCCGGCGUUCCGGGAGCAUGUUCUUGCAGACCCAAUGCUGGACUUCUGGAAGAGGAAGUGCCUGGAUCACGACGAAGUCUACAGAUAUUAUUGCAUGGAUGACAAGAUGUGUGUUUGCAACGCCUGCACCAUAGAGGGAGGACACUCAGGACACACCAUCAAGACCCUGAAGAACACCAUGAAGGAUCAGAAGAGCGUGAUGGACAAACAGCUGUACAGGCUGGAGAGGAAGAACAGCCUGGCAGAGAGGAAGCUGCAGGAGCAGAAAGAGAAGGAGAGACAAAAUAAGAAGUUCAGGGAGGACGCAGAGCAGUGCCUGACGCUCCUGGAGGACGAGAUGAAGACCAGAGUGCAGCGCUUCAUCGUCACACUGAGAGAAUUCACUCGCACCCAGUGCGAGAUCAACAGCUCGGCCAUUCAGAAGAACAUCUCCAGGAUCUGUCAGGACCAGGUGCGCCUCGACGAGGUGCGCUGCAGCAUCGAAAGCCUCGUGCAGGAGAGCGACCCCUUCCGCUUUGUGGAGGCAUAUAAAACCACAGGAAAACAGUGCCGUAGACAGCUAAGGAAAAAUAUGUUCUACCCCGAGUACGUCGAAAUGGACACGGAGAUCCUCGGAAUAAGGAUGGAGGAGGAAAUGACCAAAUUUCUCGACGAUCUACCUUGUCACAUUGUCACUGCCAUCAACUCCUUAUGUAGUCUUUCUGACCACGAGGAGGAGGAGGAACACGAGGACAACGAGGAAGAGGCGGCCGAGGAUGAGGACGACGACGAUGAAGACGAACUGGAGGACAGCAGCGAAGAGGAAAUGAGGAGCGACGAAGAGGAAGAAGAAGCAGCGCACGACGACCACAUAAACCUAUGGGAGGACGAUGAAGGGGAGGAGGAGGAGGAAGGGGAGGAAGAAGAAGGGGAGGAGGAUGAGGAUGAAGAUGAAGACGAAGACAAUGAGGAUGCAGAGGAAGAGGAGGACGACGAUGAGGAAGAGCGAGGGGUUUAAGUGAAGCGAUUAGCCGUGGUAGGACCAGAUGUUUGAACGUUUCCUCCCACUGGGUCCACUUGAAGCUAACUGCACUGACAACCCAAUGCUAAACUGUGAUGCUACCGCUAAGCUACAUCAAAGUGCUUUAUAUCAGAGAUUCACUGUAAAUAAAAACCUGGCUCACAUCAAAAACAUGAAUGUACCAUGACAGAAUAUGUACUAAACCUUUGCAUGGCUGCACUGCUCCAUUUUCUAUCGCGUUGAUAAAUAUUUUACUAAAUCCAAUAGAUUUCCCUGGAAGGCAACCGUAGACUUGCCUGAUAAGAAAUGAAUGUUUAUUCAUUUGAAGAAAAGGCAUUUAAUUGCUUCCUUUCAGUUCACUUUGUCAGCAUAUUUGGUUUCUCAAGGAACAGUGAACACAAAACCUCUGGCCUGGUGUUUGAACAAGCUGUGUGUGUGUGUGGUGCCGUUUUAUGCAUUACAAGUUAAAGUGUGUGUGUGGCAGCGAAGGGAAGUAUUGCAAUGUGAUAAGUUUACAUAGAUGGUGGAAAAAAGUAAGGCUUUAAAAGCAGCGCUUGCAUUGUAUAAAUAAUUGUCAAAUGUUUCUAUGCACACUUCAUACGUGAAUUUUAAAGGAGCAGUUUUAGAUCGUAUCAAAUUUUGCACUUUAACAUUAAAAUAUUCCAGGCUGAUCAGAACAUCUUUGUACUAAAGGGUUUUUUUUUUCCUGAUUGUGAUUGUAAGGGGCCAAAUUAAGAUAAGAUGUACAUAUUCUUAAUAAAGUCUGAAUUUAAUAUUUCAAA